AUGGAGAACGAAUCGCGACCCACGCGUUACAUGGCCCAUGUUCUCGAAGAGCUGGGCCUACGCACCAUGUGGCGAUCGUCGCUGGACGUGAAGCUUCUCUGCGCGCAACGCUUCGUGCGCCUCUUCGCGUACGGCGGUUCGACCUUAAUUCUAGUAUCGUAUCUGUCGGCCAUGGGGAUUUCAGAUGAUCGAAUUGGCUUGUUUAUGACCCUCACGCUGGUCGGAGAUGUGGUGAUUAGCUUCUUCCUCACCCUAUUUGCUGAUGCUAUGGGUCGCAAGGCGGUGUUGUCACUCGGGUCGAUCCUUAUGGCAGGCAGCGGAAUUGUUUUCGCGUUGUUCGGAAAUUUUUGGAUUUUACUGGCGGCUGCAGUCUUUGGUGUCAUCAGUCCGAGUGGCAAUGAAAUUGGUCCGUUCCGCGCCAUCGAGGAAUCCACUUUGGCUCAUCUCACACCGCAUGAACUUUUGAGUGAUGUUUUUGCUUGGUAUUCCUUAAUUGGCACUGCUGGUUCGGCCACAGGCAUGCUUGUUUGUGGUUGGAUCAUUAAUUCUCUUGAGUCAAUCCACGGAUGGGCCUUCAUUCCCGCCUGUCGUAUCAUUUUCUUCGUCUAUGCCGGCGUUGGCGUCGUUAAGCUGAUCUUUACUUUGGGCCUGAGCGGAAAAGUCGAGGUCCAAAAAGAAGAGCCACAGGAGCAGAGCUCUGAAACCCGACCGCUGCUGGCAGAACAAGCCGCACAGGAUGUCGAGCCCCCAAAGAAGAAGGGACUAUUUUCGUCUAUCGAGAAGGACUUGUGGUCGCUGGUUAUUCGUCUCUUCAUCCUAUUCGGAGUGGACUCGUUUGCGUCUGGAUUGGCGUCAUUGGGCAAGUUCAAUCUGCCUGAAGGCGAACUCGGCACCAUCUUCUUCACCACAAACAUUAUUUCCGCAGUAUCCAUGCUGGUCGCCUCAUCUCUCGCGAAGCGAAUUGGUAAUGUCAAGACUAUGGUGUUCACUCAUUUACCGUCCGCGAUCUGCCUGGCUCUCAUCUCCGUCCCAUCCAGCCUGCCUUUGGCACUGACCUUCUUGGUUCUGCGAGCCUGCACCCAGAACAUGGAUGUGGCGCCUCGCUCCGCAUUCCUCGCUGCAGCUCUGCCGGCAGACAAGCGCACUGCUAUCAUGGGCGCGGUGAAUGUCGUGAAGACUACUGCCCAGAGCAUGGGUCCUCUGUUGACGGGUAUCCUGUCGCGUAAUGGCCACUUCGGUGUGUCCUUCAUCAUUGCAGGAUGCUUGAAAGUGGUUUAUGAUCUUGGCAUGCUGUACAGCUUUGCUGGAAAUGAGGCUGCCCGUCGGAAACAGGCAGCUCAAGACGCCAGCGAAGAGACAAGUUAA